AUGUCCGCUGAAGAUCGCUACGGUGAUGUUGAGAAGAGGCAGCUAGAAGCCACGAUCCUGAGAAUGCAGGCACCUAGUUCUGUUGGAUCGGUGCUCACGGAUUUUGCGAAGCGGAAGCGGAUUUACAAAAUGCAACCAAGCUCAUGGUAG